CUUUCAAAAAUAACGACGAUGUCAUUUGCUGGUCUAAAUUUUACGUGAAAUAAAAAUAUAAUAAAAUAAAAAAGGCAAUAUGGAUAAUAUGAUUAAGUGUUUAUCGGGCAUACAUCGCUAUGCCAAUGUUAUGGUAAUGACCAAGAGAACAUUGUUGAAGCACUCUAUCAACCACAUAAUGAACAAAAAAGUGAUGGACAGAUACAUGAGGCUCCCUUCCCCGUGUAACAAAGUCCUGGCAACUUACGUAUGGAUCGAUGGCUCAGGGAUCAAUAUGAGAUGCAAAGACCGAAUUCUCAACUGCGUACCUUACAGUGCUGAAGCUGCACCAGGUUGGGCAUUUGAUGGUAGUUCAACGGGACAAGCAGCUACAGACAAUUCUGACACUAAAUUAAAGCCUGCAAGUGUAUGUAAAGAUCCAUUUAGGAUGGAGCCUCAUGUGCUGGUUCUUUGUGAAGUAUAUCAAGGAGACAAAAAUGAACCUGCGGCAACUAACCACCGUAAGAAAUGCAACGAUUUAUGUGAAAUACAUAGAGAUGAAGAACCUUGGUUUGGUCUGGAACAAGAAUAUACUAUGUUAGAUGUUGACGGUUGGGGUUUGGGAUGGCCUAAAGGCGGGGGAUUUCCUGCUGUAAAGUAUCAAUAUUCCUAUUGUGGAGUGGGAGCAAAAUACAUAGCAGGAAGAGAUAUAGCUGAGGCGCACACCAAGGCUUGUUUAUAUGCUGGUCUCGAUUUUGAAGGAACUAAUGCUGAAGUGAUGUUUGCGUGCUGGGAAUGGCAAAUUGGUACUACCGUGGGUAUAAAGGCACCAGAUGAUAUGUGGCUGGCCCGAUAUAUUAUGUCGCGUGUAGGUGAAGAUUACGGCGUGGAUAUAACAUAUCACCCUAAACCCAUGGGAAUGCUCCAUCCUGGUGUGGGCAUGCAUCACAAUUUCAGUACAAAGCGUAUGCGAUCGGAUGGCGGUUAUAAAUUUAUAGAAGAAUGUAUUAAAAAGCUGGAGGCGAACCAUAUGAAACACAUGAAUGUAUAUGGUAAUGACGUGGCUACUAAUAGAAUGCGGCUUUCAGGAAAAUUUGAAACUGCUCCCUUUGAUAAAUUUUCAUGGGGUAUAGCUAAUAGAAAAGCCUCUAUUCGUCUUCAGCGAAACAUCAAGGAAAAAGGCAAAGGAUUUAUGGAAGAUCGAAGACCAGCUGGAGAUUGUGAUCCUUAUCAAGUUUGUGGACUAUUGUUGGAAACGUGCCUAGGAGGGGGAAGUGGCGGUAGUGGUUGCCCACCAGCAAAUCCUUGCAAGAAAUAGUGUGAUUCGGCGAAUACAUUAUACACUGUCAAAUAUUCAAAAAAAUGUAACUAACGUUUUGUGGUCGAUAUUUUACAUCCUACUGUACAUGUUAUUACUGGAAAUAUACACAAUGACUUAAAAUUAUGCA